AUGUCAAUUCCAAACGCAGCAUUGCAAAAGCUUCUACAAGAGGUCGAGACACAGGCUCUCGUCUCGCAGCAAAAGAUCCAGCAGACACAGGCCGAGAUCAAUGCGAAAAAGCGCGAGGCCCGCCUCAACCAGCUCACAAGCAAUGAGCUGGCUUCACUGACAAAGGACACCAAUGUUUACGAGGGUGUCGGCAAGAUGUUUGUUGCCGUUCCUUCUAAAACCGUCGACGCCCGCCUGUCAUCGGAGUCUGCAACUCUGAAGAAAGAUAUCGCCGACUUGGACAAGAAAUUACACUACCAAGAGACCACCUUCAAGAACAGCCGAGAGCACAUUGAUAAGAUCUUGCAGAGCGGUGCACGAUAA